GGAACCGCUCCGCGACCGACGAGGCCAUCCUCGCGGGCAACUGCCUCGUCUUGUGGUCCCAGGGCAUCGGGGGGGCCGUCGAGGAGCAGGAGCUCAUCGUGAAGCCCCUGGUCCUCGAGGAGAAGACAGCAGCUGGCCUUUAUGCUGCCUUGGAGAAGUCCCUGCCACAUCAACUGUGGAGCCUCCUCGCCGGGCACAGUAGUAUUCCUGGCCGCGUCGUGCUGCAGCUGGGCUCCGACCGCGCGGCCACGAAUCUGAUGCUCAUUUCCCACCUGAAGUCGUCGGCGCCCGACAGGGUGUUCGUUAUCGAGGGCCUGUGCAAACAGCGCGCAUCAGGUCUGUGCUUAGCCCCAGUUGCCAAGCUGCUCGGAAUACCGCCCCCACUCUAUUGCAUAGCGAAAUUGUUCCAUUCUGAGGGUUUCCAGAAGCGUUAUAAACAUGGACUCCGGUGUGCAAUUUCCUCGAAGCUCGACUGGGUGAAGGCGAUCGAUCGGCCGACGUAUUCCCCGGAUCCCGCUCACAGGACCCAUGCAGAAGCUGCAUUGGAACUCUUGUAUUCUCAUUCAGGCUGGCGCCGACGCACCCGCGCAAUGGACAUGCGGUUUCUGGGCAAGUGCGCGCGAGGUUUUCGGCGGGUCUGGGGCGUGCAAUGCAGGCGUUUCCGCGCGCUGGUCAGGCCGCCGCCAGGGCCGUCGGUCUCCCGUGAUAUCAGGCGGUCCAGCGACCCCGAGGAGAUCGCGGAGACGGCCGAGCGCCGGCGGGAACUGGGCGACACAUUAUUGGACAUUUGCCCGGGCAAUUGGAAGACGCGGCGAAUUCUUCAUUACUGCAAGGGUUGUUGUGGUUCCAAAGAGGAGGCUGUCGAAAAGGUGUUGGAUCAGUUGAUAUCCAUGGGCUUCGAUAGUCUGAACGUCCCUUCCCUGAACAAGUGGUUGAGCAUCGCGCCGAUCGCCGCUGACAUCUGCUUCGUGCUCUCGUUCCACCGAAUAUUCGUCGACGGUCUGGACUAUGCCUUCAGUCGAACAGCUGAGGAGAAGAAGGGCCCCAUCGACGCGACCGUUCGGCGGGCACUCGGGCGGGCGCGCGCGUUGGCGCCGAGCCCAGGCGGAGACGACCAGAAGGCAUGGCACCGCGAGGAGCGGAGGCGAUCCCUGCGGGCGCUCGCAUGGGUGGAAAGGCCAGCUACAUAUGGCGAGCUUUUGCUUUACGUCCAGACGACCCGCCCAGUCAUGAGGUUGCAUUACCAUUUGUUCAAGCAUGCCCAGACUUCCCCCGCAGGGAGUGAAAGGUCGGACUUGUUCGACGCGUGCAACCUGGCAGACGGGUCGAAGUCUCUCGGCGUAUCUGUGCUGAAGGAGUUGUGCGACAUGGUCGGGCGCACGGAUGUCCAUUUGCCCUCCUGGGACGUACUGCUGUCAGUAUUCGGGCCGUUUUCGGGCUGGCCGGCGACGCUGAAGGAGCAGGCCCGAAAGGUUGUAUUUCAGCUGGUCGGCCAAGUUUGGCGCCACUUCGUGCACUUCUACAAGCGAUGGCCAUGGAAAAUGGCGCCGCUGGCCGACCCCGAGUUGAGCCCGGCCAUGAAGAGGGAGGUCGGCCAGGCGCUGAUCGACGCCAGCCCUUGCUGUCUCGACGAUAGCUUCUCGGCCAAGGUGAGAGCGGGCGCUAGGGGCGACGUGGAGAACCUCCUCGGCCCUGAGUGGCAAGAGUUCCUGUGCCAUUCGUUUAACAAGGUACCGCUGGCCAAUGCCAGGUGCGAGUGCUGCUUCGCCGCUUACCAGCAGUGGUUGAACCGGUGCCCCAAGCCAUUGGCGGCUUCAACUCUCCAGGCGAAGCGCGUGUGCCACACUCGCCUCAGCGUGCAUCAGGCCCUGGAGGACGAAGAGGACUACGACGGCGACGAUGACGAGCCACCCACAAAAAUGGCCAGGCCAGCUUGGAUUUUCAAGGGUCGCGAGAUGGGCAGGACCAACAGCCGCCACAUUUACUUGGGCGAGGUCGUCCGGGAGAGGCCGCCCAGCCAGACACACCAGGAGGCCUUCGCCGCGGCCAGUGCGGCGUGGCUGGGAGAGACACCGGCAGUUAAAGCCAAGGCGAAAGCCAAGGCGUCCGAGAGGAAUGCUCUGAAGCGGAUGCGGAAGAAAACUGCUCUCCGAGCCGCGUGCAACGCCGUGGAGAGGGAGCGUUGCCCGUUGACGCGGGCAUUCAUUGCUGCUGAAACUCCGGGCAGCCUGGGCGCGGCCUACGCGGCCUGGCGAGCCGGCGGCUCGCCAGUUCCAGCGAGCGAGUUUUUUCCGGACGCAGUGGUUCACGAUAAGCCGUGCUUGUGCCUGUGUUCUUCCUGCAUGGGCUCAGUCCCUGCUGGCCGCAUGGAAUUGUUCUGCGAGGUGUUGGGCUCCUUGCGCGCGCUCUUCGGGGGUGCCCGCGGCCGGGGCGUGGUUCCUGAGGGCGUUUUCAUGAUUUCGGACGCGGCCAACGCUGCCCUGGCUGAGCGCCUGUCCCGCCGCCCCCGCGCGCCCGCGAACCGCGCGCGAACCUGCGGUGCUCAGUCCUCGACCCGCGCGCCAGCGACCCGCGGUUCCAGCGUGAUCACCCCGAUCAGUGUCAUCGUCGCCGCCACUG